AGGCAAAACAGGUCGCAAGAUGCCAGCUUACAGGUGGUUACAGAGAACUGCGGAGCAAAGUUUGCCCGCCAAUGUGGUCGUGGGCGGCCGUGACGCCGAUGGCACCACAAUCUACGUAGGCAGAGCGUUCCACGAGGGCGAUAUGCUUCCGGCGAAAGUGAUGCCGGACAAGAAUGUCGCCUAUGUCUCUCACAACGGGGAGGAACACCCCAAAUACGACUACGAAGUACUCUGCCUAGGCGAAUUCGCGUGGGAAUUCCGCAGCAAUGGCGAUGUUCCGAGCGACGCGGUGAUCGCAGGAAAGACUUCCGAUGGAGAACCUCUGUAUGUCGGACGUGUUCUCCAUAAUGGCUCCCAAACAGUUGGCAAGAUUCAACCCAGUCACGGGUGCCUCUACAUCCCCUUCGACGGUGAAGAGCUGUCCUUCAAGGACUACGAGGUCCUCGUCCUUAAUUAAUUAAUGUACAAAGCUAAUCUUUGGAAUUUUAAUUUUAAUACGCAAUACAAUACAUGACCAAUGUUUUUAUUGAAUUUAUAUCCUUGAAGCUCACCUGUGUAAUAUUCUACGACUCUACGAUAUUAGA